GUCAUUAGUAUUAAAUCGGUCGAGGAACGUCCAGCACGACGCGCAAUAUCCGUGAGAUACAAAAGAAUCUGAAACAAAGAUACAAAUCACAAAAUGGCUGAACAGAAGAAGGCACCACUGCUGAAGAAGGAGGAGGACUACGUGAAGGCCCUCGAGGGAUUCAUUAACCCCGAAACCGAUCAGGUGGUCCUGUUGCUGGACUACGAUGGCACCCUGGCCCCACUCACCGAGGAGCUGUCCGUCAUGCCCAAGGAUACGGAGAUCAACAUCAAGAAACUGGCCGCCAACGAGAAAAUCUUCAUGGUCGUCUUCUCCGGUCGCGAACUGAGCGAGAUCAAGAACCACCUGAAGUUCCCCAAUGUCACCUAUGCCGGCAACCAUGGCCUGGAGGUCGAGUAUCCUUCCGGCAAGAAGUUCAAGAUCGAAAUGCCCGAGGAGUUGCUGGAGAAGCACAACAAGCUGGUUUCUGAGCUCAAGGAGAAGGUCGUGUGCUCCGGUGCCUGGGUGGAGGACAAGAAGAUCUCCGUGACCUAUCACUACAAGGGCGUCACCGACAAGUUGAAGGCCAAGCUGAUCGCCGAGGCCAAGGGCUUGAUCCAGGCCCAUGGAUUCCAGCUGAUCGAGACGCCCUACGCCCUGGAGGGCAAGCCCCGCGUCAACUGGGACAAAGGAGAGGGUGCCAAGAUGAUCCUGGAGAAGCAGUUCGACGCCGACUGGGCCAAGAACCUGAAGAUCGUCUACGUGGGCGACGAUACCACCGAUGAGGAUGCCAUCAAGGUGCUGCACGGUAUCGGCAAGACCUUCCGUGUGUCCGAGCUGCCCACGCUGAAGACCUAUGCCAACUACCAGAUCAAGACCGUCGAGGAAGUUGGUUAUCUCCUGAAAGCCGUCCAGGCCUACUACGAGAAGAAGAAGAAGGCCUAAGCCCAACGCCAGAGGAUAUUAAGCCUAAGCUAAAUUCCACGCACACUCACACACUCAACACACAUCACAAUUACACCUAAAGCGGAAGGAUUCGUCCUGUUGGUUUAGCGUCAAUGCAAUACUUUUAGACUUGCUGGACAAUUGCUAUCGAAACCUUUUCUGUGUCUUUGAUUUUGCCAAAUAAAAUAUAAAUACAACAUUUUUUAAACUUAA